AUGUCUCACUCUCCAGAGUCGCGUCACUCCAUCGAGAGGUCCAGCACUCCCAUGCUAGACUUGGACGAUCAUCGAAACCAGCCCGAAAGCCUGCCGCUUGCCAUUGAUCCACCACCUCAUGCCCGACGUGGAACACUGGCCAGCAUCGCUGAUGGCGAACGAGCCGGGCGUCCUUUCCUGACUGUGCCUGCUGUUGAUGAACACGGUACAAUCGCUCGGGACUUUGAGAAUGCGAUCAUCGACGACAAUCAGAGCAUCCGAAGCCAAGGAUCUCAGCGCUCCAUCAAAUCCAAUCGAUCUACCGGCACUUUUAGGCGCGCGAUCCUCAAUCGUCAGCGAGGGGCAGACUCUCGCGAGUCGUCGCGUUCACGUUCUUCUUCUCCGCCAAACUCAGUUGAUGCUUUCGCACCUCCGCGACGACCACGUGCUGGAACGAACAACAGCUACACUCCAUCGGUCAACCUUCCUACCAUCACUCGCGCCCUAUCCAAUGCUACUCAUCGGCGACGAAGCGGCACACUCGUCGAUGAAGGAACAGUAGGUCACCGUACUGAAGGAGCCGCCUCAAUCCGUAGCUCGGUCCACGAUGACGUGUGUUUCCCACCCGAGGAGAUCACGAACACGUAUAAGAUUGAUUUCGAAGAUCUCGAAGAAUUCGUGUCUCAGGCUCACACAAAGACACCGGUGGCGCAUCCGUUCACGCCACUCUUCACUCGGCACAAUGAGCAACACCGCCGCAUCUUCGGCGACCAACGUAGCGAGAGCAACGGCUACUUCCCGGAGAAGAUCGAGAGUCCUGCCGAGCAAGACAGUGACAAAGUCGAUAGUGAUGAGAAAAUGCCUGCCGAUUUCACUGACCCCCUCAGCCGACCUCCGAGUAGGUCCGAGACACAGAAUCGGUUCACUUUCUUCUCGUCGGAAAUGGACGAAACCGUACAUGCUCCCGAACUCGGCGGUCUUCUGAUGCCUCAAGAAACAUUCCGCGACCUAUUCGAGCUCAAUCCAGAGGGAGGUGUUUGGUGGCUCGACAUGCUCAACCCUUCCGAAGAAGAGAUUUUCGCUAUCUGUGGCGCCUUCCGCGUGCACCCUUUGACGCGGGAAGACAUCACCACUCAGGAGACUCGUGAGAAAGUGGAACUCUUCAAAUCGUAUUACUUCGUCUGCUUUACCAGCUUCUACGCCGUAGACAAGUCUAGCGAGAACUACCUCGAGCCGAUCAACAUCUAUGCCGUGGUCUUCCGUGAGGGACUCUUGACAUUCUCCUUCUGCCAGAACCCGCACAUCGCCAAUGUCCGGAAGCGUAUCGGUAAACUCCGCGAUUACGUCAACCUUUCAGCCGACUGGAUUUGCUACGCUCUGAUUGACGAGAUUGUCGACUCCUUCGGACCUGUUCUACGCGAGGUGGAGCGUGAAACCGACACUAUAGAAGAUUCCGUCUACACUGCUCGAUUCGAAGACUCCCGCGCGAUGCUGCAGCAGAUCGGCGAGUGCCGCAAGCGAGUGAUGAGCCUUUCCCGUCUCCUAGGCGGCAAAGCCGACGUGAUUAAAGGGUUCGCGAAGAAGUGCAACGAGUCCUACGCAGUAGCUCCCCGUGGCGACGUCGGUCUGUAUCUCAGUGACGUCCAGGAUCACAUCGUCACCAUGAUGUCAAACUUGGGCCAUUUCGAAAAGAUGUUGGGUCGCAGCCAUUCCAAUCACCUCGCACAGAUCACUCUCCGCCACACCGAACAGGGUAGCCGGGCUAACGAGCUGCUGGGCAAGAUCACCGUCUUCGCGACGAUUCUUGUGCCGUUGAACUUGGUCGCAGGUUUAUUCGGCAUGAACGUUCCCGUGCCCGGCGGCGACUCGGAGGGUCUUGCUUGGUGGUUUGGAAUUGUGGGCGUGAUUAUCUGCUUCAGCGUGGUCUGUGUCACCGUCGCUAAAAAGCUGAAGUUGGUCUGA